GUGUCGAUCUUUACCAAAAUUAAUAUUAAUUUCAAUAAUAAAAAUAAAAAUUAUAUAAGCAAGGGAAGGAUUAGACUGGACAGCUAAGUUGUGUACGGACUAGUUAGUUAGGCUAUGGCGUCAAGAAGAGGUACAGCUGGGACACCACUGGGCAGACCAGUGGCUCUAGCUAAGAAGAGGAGAGCUGCAGAGAGCAAGGACAGAGACAAAGUUACACUGCAAGCUAUUCUUGGCAUAACGUGUUACAGUGGGUCCGGUCUAUCCACAUCAGAGAGCUGCAUUGCUUAUCCUGCAGGAUGCGUGGCUGUGCUUUUCCACCCCAAGGGCAAAGGGAAACAAGUGCACAUCCAUAACAGAAAACCCAUCUCUUGUUUGUGUAUCUCACCUCACGGAAGUUAUCUGGCCACUGGAGAGAGUGGCCAUGAGCCAUGUGUUAGAGUGUGGGACCUUCGCUCGCCCCAGGCAAUAUCUCAAGUGGCCCGUCUCAAGGAGCAUGAGUUUGGAGUCCAGUGUGUGGCAUUCUCCCCCUCUGGCAAGCAGCUGGUGUCAGUGGGAUACAAGCACGACAGACAGAUCAUUGUCUGGAACUGGAAGGCCGGAACAAAGCUUGUCCAUGGAAAGUUUUCAAGCGAGGUGAAUGGAAUAUCUUUCUCCCUAAAUCAUGGGAGCAAGGUGGGAUCCAGCUAUUUUGUGACAGUCCACAAUCGAAGAGUUCAGUUCUGGUACUACAACUCUUCUGGGAAAGAAAUGAACACCACAAUGUCCCUCAAGUCUCGGUCGGCCGUAUUGGGAGAGCUUCAUAACUUCAACUUUGUGGCCGUAUCUUGUGGGAGAGGUGACCUGGCCCACUACACGUACGCCCUCACCAGGACUGGACAGCUGUGUCUAUUCGGGAAAAACAGGACACUCGAGAAAUUUACGGACACAAAAGCCCCGCCAGCCUACAGUCUAGCUCUCAGUGAUCAGUUUCUUUUCUGUGGUUGUUCCGAUGGGGUCAUUCGGAUAUUUGACCCCCAAUCUCUGGAUUACGUAACCACUAUGCCACGCCCACAUUCUCUCGGUAUUAACCUGUCCUCCAUAGACAACACAGAGAAACCAGAGACGGACAAGAACAACGUGUACCCUGAUGCUAUUGCUCUGACAGUUCACCAUAAUCGACUGAGCGUGGUGUACAAUGACCACUCCAUCUUUGUGUGGGACCUUAGCAACAUGCGUCAGAUUGGAGUGCUCCAUUCGUUCCUGUUCCACAGUGCGGGCGUAUGGGACAUCUGUACGUACCCCACCCUGAGCAAUGACUCCGCCCAGUUGUUACCACCCUCCUGUUUCAUUACAUGCUCGUCAGACAGUACUGUGAGGUUCUGGAGUAUGGGGGCGGAGCAAGAGGGGGCGUGGUCUCACAGGACCGCCUAUUCCAAGGAGCUCCUAAGGAUAAUCUAUUGUGAGCCCGAGGAUAAGCUCUCUCUCAAGGACACCGCCGAUCUCCCGGGUAGGGUUACCAGUGGCAACAAGGGCGUUAAGUGCAUCCAGGUGCGACCAGAUGGGCAGCACAUUGCUACAGGAGAUCGGAUUGGAAACUUAGCUGUGUAUGACCUCCAGUUCCUGGAUUUGGUGUACAGAGAGAUUGCCCACGACCUGGACAUACUGUCUCUGUCCUACUCUCCUGUCAUCGACAACCAACAAUUCCUAUCCUCUGCUAGUCGUGAUCGGAUGAUGCACGUGUUCUCACUCGGAGGGGGCGGGGAAUCUUAUGAAGCCAUACAGACGCUCUCGGACCACUCGGCAGCUGUGACAUCUGUGAGGUUUGUGAGGGGCAGUGACGGAACACUCCACCUACUCAGCUCCGGGGCUGACAAAUCACUCAUCUUCCACUCUAUGGAGAAGUCGCAGGGAGAGUCUGUAUGUAUGUUCCACCGAACCAACAACGUCGUAUCCAAGGCCACUAUAUUUGAUAUGGAUAUAGACGUCCUUGGGAAGCACGUAGUGACAGCUGGCCAGGACAGAGUGCUCAGGUUUUAUUUGGUGAACGGAGGCAAACAGAAAACUGUGAUAAAAGCACCUCCCACAGACUCAGAGGGGGGUCUGUUGAAGGUGUCACUGGACCCCUCAGGGUUGUUGGCAGCGAGCAGUUGUGCUGACAAGUCCGUACUCAUCUUUGACGUGUUCUCGGGGGAAUGUGUUGCCAAGCUCGCCGGACACUCAGAGGUGGUGACCCAAGUGAGGUUCUCUCAGGACUGUCGCUUCCUCUACUCUGUAUCUGGAGACAGCUGUAUUUUUGUGUGGAGGCUGUCCAAAAAGUUAACACAAGCAAUGCACAGCCGACUCUCUGAACUGGGACUCCCCCUCCCCCCUGGCCAAGAGACUCCGCCCACAUCACCCCACACAGCCAGACAAACCUUCACUAAGAUAAGAACCUCCACCCCUCACGCCCCACGAGUACUACCUCCGAGAAACAUAGGAACAGACGUCAAAGAUGUUGUUCUUGAGAGUGUGGAUUCAGUGGAGCCGGAUUUUGAGUAUCGAAUGAGCAUGCUUCCCUCGUGGGCACAGCGGGAGGCUGUUGGGGGAAUCCCCUCUGUGGGGGUUGGUGAGGGUACGGAGCAAAUGGCUGCUCCAGUGGAGGGCAGAUGGGCAGAGAGAGUGGCAGGAGAAGAAUUGAAGCUAGCUGUUCAAGAGCAAGAUUCUGAUGUUGAUCUGGAGGAUCUAAGUUCUGAAAUGUCUCGGAUUGUUUUUGAGAAACAGAGUAGUGUCACGGAAGUCAUUGAUCUCACAGAGGAUGAUGAUGAGAAUGUGUUGCCUGAUAGUCACGUGAUUGACAAUGAAGGUCAUGUGACUGAGGAGGCCAAUGAGUCAAAGAGUUCUGAUGGUUCGGAUGUCCUCAAAUUUUAUACAUCAUCAUUGAGUGACGAAAUAGACCCAAGCAUUUUCUGUGUUACCACACCUAUUAAACCCUCGGACACAAAGGACGAAAGUGAAGAUGAUGAGAGCCCUAGAGAGUCCCCCAUUGAUUCCCCCGUACCCCUCAACAAGAUAUUGGAGGAAGAAGAAUCUUCUUUCCUUAAGGCACACUUUGAAAGCUUGGAGAAAUCGGGAGACCCUCAGCUGCUCAAAGUACCCAGUCCCCGACAAAGCAUCUCUGCAAAGUUCAAAGAGACCCUACGAAAAGUAAUACAUGUCGGUGAUGGUGGCCAGGUGGGAUUAGGGGAAUCCCCUCCUCUCAGCGAGGCAGCUGGUAUAGUAAUCUCUGUCGAGGACAGCACCAGUCCCGCGGACCAACCCCAGGAUGACAGUCAGACUACACCCAUGGCCCUGCUAGACGGAGGAGCUGAGUCUGCAGACAUUGCGGCAGCUGUGGAUACUGUGACACACAAGAUUGAAUACACAGAUAAAUCGAUGAAAAGAAGGCUCAGUUUUGAGACAGACGUUGCUAAAACAAGGCAAAAGCUGGUGGAGCUUGGCUAUUCUGUGGAGAGCAGGAAACAGAUUGUCACAGCAACUGAACCAUCCCCCUCCCCUAGUGUUGAGCAGCUACUAGACAAUUCCCCACCUCUCCAUCCUGCCAGUGAUGGUCCCCCCUCUGGUAGUGAUGGUCCCCCGUCUACUAGUGAUGGUCCCCCCUCUGUUAGUGAUGCUCCUCCCUCUGCCAGUGAUGGUCCCCCCUCUGUUAGUGAUGCUCCUCCCUCUGCCAGUGAUGGUCCCCCCUCUGUUAGUGAUGCUCCUCCCUCUGCCAGUGGUGGUCCCUCGUCUGUUAGUAAGAAAACUGUGUCAAUUAAACCAAGAGCCAACAAGAAACCACCAUCUCCAGACUCUGACAGUGAUGUGAGGGCCAGGCUUAGCUCCAUUACUGAUGGUCUGGAUGCUAACUUCAGAGCUCUGAUGGAGCUGCACGAUCAGGUAGUGGCGAGUGGAUCAGGUGAUGCUACCAGCGAUGAUGUUGCUACCUCCAUAGCAACGUACCUUACUACCCUAAAAAGCAAUGUAGCCUCCGUGGUGAACAAAAACAGACAAAUGUGGAGAGAGAAAAUGAUAACAAAUUUGUCGGAGAAUCCUAUACCGGAAAUAGGAGUGGUUUCAGAAUCUGCCCCUGAGUUAUUGAAUUCUAACGAAGAGACGAGCUUUGAACAAGGUGGCGUGGCUGAUGUGUGUGAGGGUGGCGACUCUUGUGAGGAAUGUGAUGACUCAGAAGAAUUAACUCUACGUAUAACCAAAGAAGAGUACGAUAAAUGUAUUCUUGCCAAUGAACUACUCACUUCGUUUGUGACAGCUUUAUCAGUUAAAGAACAAUUGUCUGAAUGUGACACUUAAUUGACUUACAAUGCUUCAUUUCAAUGUGCUAAAAGCUACAGAAUGUGAUUAUUUAACAUGCCAAAGUUGCCAUGUAUGUAUAA